CGCCUCUUCCGUCCGCGGCGCCCGGAGACGCCCGGAAAUUUGCGGGCGCGCCGGAAGUUGAGAGGAGUUUCCUGCGAGCUCGGCUUCCUCAACAUGGCAGCGCCCUUGUCAGUGGAGGUGGAGUUCGGAGGUGGUGCGGAGCUCCUGUUUGACGGUAUUAAGAAACAUCAAGUCACUUUGCCUGGACAGGAGGAACCCUGGGACAUCCGGAACCUGCUCGUCUGGAUCAAGAAGAAUUUGCUAAAAGAGCGGCCAGAGUUAUUCAUCCAGGGAGACAGCGUGCGGCCAGGAAUUCUGGUGCUGAUUAACGAUGCCGACUGGGAGCUACUGGUAGAGAGUAUUGGGGUGAUAAGUUAGAACAACUGCGAAACGAGUUAGCGGGCGCAUUCGGCCGGCCUCUUUCACCCCCGACUUCCUGCGGCUUGGGCUGAGGGCGGACCACGUUCGGCCCCGCCGCUGCGUGCAGGCUUCGUUCCGGCCGAAAUUUGAAAGGAGGAAAAACGACGCGAUCGACUGGAGGACCCUGCCGGCCGGUACUGGUCACCCGCAGAGGAGAAGGAAGAAGGACGAGGAUGCGGAUGGCGGCGCUGGUGGCAGGGACCGGCGUCCCUGUGCGCGCGGGCUGGGACCGCGAUCCUCGCCCUGGGGCCAGCCAGCCGCCGCCCCGAGAGGUCUCGCCCGCGCUGAGCUCCGUCCCUGCGGCCCCCGCCCCUGUUGCGCCCGGAGCUCAGCCACAGAUGUCCAGCCACAAUUCUCGGUUGGCCGCAGACUCGUACAAGAAUUGCGUUUGGACAAUCAGUGGCGAAGCCCCUGAGUUCAGGGCCCUGGUCUCCUGCGGGGUUCCGCUUCGCUCCUAAAAAGCGCCAGACCAGGACAUCUCGGAGCUGCGCGUCGGACCACCUCGCAGGCGCUCAGCAGCGGCUGCCCAUCUGGCGGUAAGGUGGACUAGCAAGCACGCGGAUCCUGACCCUGUGCGGGGAUCCCCAUCGCCCCUGGCGUGGCUCCUUCGAUCGCGGCCCGGAGUCCCCAGAGUGGCCCGCGUUGGGUCUCAGCGCCGCCCCAGGUCGAGGGGGAAUCUCCUCUGUCAGGCCUGGGGAACCCCGACUCCCCUCUCCCUGCCCCCAGCCUGGACUCUCCGGGAAUCCGGAAGGCAGGACCCCCAGGCCGGGUCGCGUUUCCGAGCCCGGGGUCCAGGUUGCUGGAUUCGUGGGUCCCCCGCCCCCGCCCAGCCCCGCGCACGCACCGGCUCGGGCGCUCUCCGCUUUCCUGUGGCUGAGUCGCGGCCGGGGCGCCUGCGGUGGCGGUGGCGGCAGUGGCCCGGGCGGCGGAGAGUGCUGGAAUGCGCCGCCGGGUCACCUGCAGCGCCCGGGGAGCCGGACUGGGAGCCGGCGGGCUGCCGAGGCGCAGGGCUGAACCCGAGCGGGCGCCUCUGGCGGCUCGGGGCCGGGGCGGGCUUUUAGUGGGCCGCUCCAACAAUACGGGCCUGGCGCGGAGAAAGGGGCUCGGCUGCAAUUGGUACUGGAUUUGAAUAACGCCACGGGGCCAUCAAUGGUCAUUGUGUCGGCGGGUAAUGAAUCUCCGCUGUCUCUCGGGCUGGCCAGGCAGCUGCAACCUGCGCUCAGGCAGCUCUUAAAGACAUAGCGUGCCCCUCCCCGGGGGCCGCCUCCCCCUCUGCACCGGCCGGACCCCUCGUCCUCCCACCCCCACUCGGCGCCCUCAACUCCCGAUGCCCCGCCUGCUCCCUCGGCCUGACCCCUUUGCCCAUCGCCCCCUCCCUUCUCCUGGGCCAGGCACCAGCAUCCCGGCCCUGCUCUCCCCUGGACCUGACUCAGGCCCCGGCCUUGGCUGAGCAAUCCAAGAGCACCCAGGGCACCCCAUAGUCUUUUACGGCCCAUCCCUUGUCUCCCAGCUGCAUGGAAACCAAAGGCCUCUGGAGCCCCCCUCCCUAGGACCCUGCCCAGGGGCUUUCACUGGAGGGUGAAGGGGAACAGCCUGGAAGUCAGAGGGUCACCCCCUGAGAAGACCACGCUGAAGGAUAAAGGAGAAGGGGGUACAGUCCCCACCCCUGGGCUGAGGAUGCCAUCCCUGGAGACCACACCCCACCCGGGAGCUGGAGCCUACCCCCUCCCCCCACCAAGGACCAGAGCUUGAUUCCCAGGCUCCAGCAGGCUCCUGGAUACCUCGGGGCUAGCAGCAGGGGUGGGGGGAGGGGAGCAGGUGGGUGUGAGAGGGGCGUGGAAUCUGUGAAUGCUUGUCUUGUCACUGUCUCUUCCAUUGGGCAGUCCACCCAUCCAGGAGAGCAGGGGCUCUGUCCAAGGUCUAAUGCACCCCCAGCCCCACCCCCGGCCUGGUGUGGCAGAGAAGGUUCUCAGUCUACUGGGUAGAUACAUAGCCAGUUUCUCACCCCUAAAGCCCAGCCUGUCUUUCCCAAUGAACCUCACACCCUAAAGCCGGAGUGUGUGGUCAUUUUUCCCAUACAGCCUGCCUUCCAUUCACCCCAGGGUUCUCCAAGCACCCAAAAUACCCUUGCCUCUGUCCUGGCACACCAAGCUGCCUUGCUUUGAAAUGCUCUCCUGUCCUCACAAUCUCUGGGUGGCCUUGCCACGUGCCUGGCUGAAUUGUGAAUAUCGGUUUGUCUGAGUCUCCUCCCUAGGACAGGAAAUGGGUCCUACGGAUCUUUGUGCCUCCAGGGCCUAGUCCAGUGCCCUCCCCCCAACCAAUCAUUAAAUAUCUGUGGGUGGUUGCACCAUGCCCGGUGACUUCAAAAUGAGUCACAUAGACUUCUUGGAGUUUCUUAUAAAAGUUGAAAGAAUGUU